CCUCUAUGAAGCCAAAAUUCAGUCGAUUUAUCCAUUCCAUAGGAUGUACAAAAACAUGGCCACCGGUAUCAUCAUUGUGACGUCCAGUGGCUAUAGAAGUGGGAUGCUGCUUCAUUAUUUUGCAGGUAAAAUGCAGUUCCUCCGCUCCAUCUUCUCCUCCACUCGAGGCAUCUCAACCAUCGUACCCACCAACCAUCCCAACCCGGGCAAUUUCGCCAAUCGACCCAAGUAUGAGAUGCGCGAGAUAGCACGCAAGGGAGGGCAAAAGGGCGGCAAGGCAAAGGGUGUAGGCGGGUUUCACGACAUGGAUCCCAAGAAACAGGUAAAGUUUUCUCGAGGGUAUGUAUAUCUUGAUUUGAUUGAUGCUGACGACCUAUUUAUUGUUGAAAGCAUGAGAUUGCGUCUAUGGGUGGUCGGGCGGUACACAAAGCAGAAGAACAGGGAGGUCAUUAUACGAGGGGAAGGAGAGGGGGGGAUCCAUCAUAUGCAGCGCCGGGGUUUGGAGGUGAACAAACUGCAUAGUUGAAUGAUAGUAGAGAAGAUGAAUCGAAACAAUUGAGAUUCGAUCCUUGCUCGUAGUCCGUAUGA